AUGACUGAAGAGCUCUCAAACCUUGUAAAUAAACUGAUCACGGAGAAGAUGAGCCUAGCAGAGCAAGAAAUACAGGGUAUGAAACAAAAGAUUCAAUCUCUGGAGGAACAUGUUGCCCUGCUUGAUGCCAGUUGUGGUGAACAGACUAGUACAAAGAACGCUGCGAACGCUUUUGAUGACGCCAAAGGAAAUAACCCACGUAAUAUGGUGGCAAACUACACAGAGAAACAGUCGCUAACCUCACCGCAGCAACGAUCUCGCCGAGCGGUAGGCGCCAGUGCCCACAUUUCGUUCACAGCCUAUCAGGUCGGAACGAUGUCCAACAUGGUUCCGGGACAGGCCGUCCGUUUCAAUCAUGUCCUUCACAACGACGGAGACGGCUACAACACGUACACAGGUGCGUUCACAGCGCCGGUCAACGGCACGUACAUGUUCACGUUCCACUUUGACUCCCGCGUCCACACGUUUGUCCGCCUGGUACUCGACGGACGGAACCUCGUGGACGCCGUCGCCAACCAGCAUCCGGGAGCCGCUCAAAUGGAGAGGGAAACGAUGAGCGGCAAUACCGCAAUCGUGCACGUGAACCACGGACAAGCCGUUAUCGUUGAAGUGUAUGACGUCAACGGGGAGGUGGCGUCCAGUGAUAAAUACCGUCUGAUAAACAGCGAAAUAAAUGCUAAGGAUGUAACGAUAGACAAGACGAAUGAGUUGAUUCUAACCCUAUACGAUGUGAUCUAUGAACUCAAAGGACGCCUCGAGUCUUUGGAGACUAAAGUGACCAAACUACGUCACGAAAAUAACGGGCAAGUGGAAUUGAUUGAAAAGCUUAGAACUGAAAUAAUUAUAAAAGGAAAUGUACUCAAUCGAGAAUUGGACCAAGAAACGAACAAACGCAGCCUCAACAACAACGAUGACUUUAACAAUAGCGGGACCAGAGUUAUAAGCGAAGAAAAUAAUGGAAUUGCAGGAGAACCGUCGAUUUCGUUCCAGACAUUACCACGUGCGAGGCGCGCGUUGGCCAAUGUAGCGUUUUCCGCCUACCUGUCACACCCGCUAUCUCACGUGACAAACAAGGCGCUCCUGAACGACGGGAAUGGUUACAAUGCGUCAACGGGGACGUUCACGGCGCCCCUUUCCGGUGUUUACAUGUUCAACUUCCAUUUCGACAGUCGCGCGCUUUCCUUCCUGAAGCUCGUCAUCGACGGUGUGAACCAGGUGGACGCUGUCGCCAACCGACACGUGCUCAACGAUUUCAACGACAGGAAGGCGCAGUCCAUGGGAGGUAACACUUGCAUCGUGCAUGUGAACCACGGACAAGUGGUCCAGCUGCGAGUGUACGAAACUCCGAAUUCUGAUGUGGCGUCUGGUGACACUUUCAGACUUUCGACUUUCUCUGGAGUGCUUUUAUAUUAA